AUGCCCGGCCCGCCGCCCCUCGCGGGGAUCAAAGUCCUCGAAUUCGCCGGCCUCGCCCCAGGCCCCUUCGCCGGCAUGCUCCUCGCCGACGCGGGCGCCUCGGUCUUGCGCAUCGACCGGCCGCGCAGCAACUCGUCCUCCCCACCUCCCGCCGCCGACCUUCUAACGCGCCACAAGUCUUCCAUCGCAGUCGACCUCAAGUCCCCCGGCGGCGUCGCCCUGAUCCGCCGCCUCGUCGCCCACGCAGACGUCCUGAUCGACCCGUUCCGCCCAGGCGUGCUCGAGUCCCUCUCCCUCGGCCCCGCGCAGCUGCUCGCGCUCAACCCGCGCCUCAUCUACGCCCGCCUGACCGGCUUCCGCCGCGACGGCCGCUUCGCCCCGCAGGCCGGGCACGACAUCAACUACCUGGCGGCGGCGGGCGUGCUGGCGCUGCUGGGGCGGCGCGCCGGGGUUGCCGGGGUUGCUGCCGGCGGCGGCGGCUCCCCGCCGACCCCGCCGGGCAACCUGCUCGCCGACUUCGCCGGCGGCGGCGCCACGCUCGUGCUCGGCGUCCUGCUGGCCCUGCUCGUCCGCGAGCGCAACGGCGGCCGCGGCCAGGUCGUCGAGGCCUGCAUGGUCGACGGCGCCCGCAAUCUGCUGGAUUCCGGGUGUCCGUUUUAUGACGUGUACGAGACGAAGGAUGGGGGCUGGAUGGCGGUCGGCGCGCUGGAGGAGAGGUUCUUUUUGGAGCUGGUCAGGCGGUUGGGGAUCGAGGGCCGCGGGUGGGAGCAGGGGAGGAGGCAUGAUCGGCGGCUGUGGCCUGCGCUGAGGCGGGAGUUGGAGGAGGUGUUCAAGACGAAGACGAGGGACGAGUGGGAGCGCGUGUUUGAGGGGACGGAUGCGUGCUGCACGCCGGUGUAUGAGUUUGGGGAGAUGAGGGGGGAUGAGCAGAAGGGAGGGGACCUGCGGCCGCCGGUGACGCUGAGGGAGACGCCACUGCUGGCGGUGCGGAAGGGGGCGUCGGAUGUUGCGCACGGGCAGGGGCCCGGUGUCGAGGGCGAGGGGUAUGUUGGGUAUCCGCUUGAGCCCGGGCAGGGAGGGGAGGAGACGCUGCGGGAGUGGUGUGGCUGGACCCGGGGCGAGCAGUUCGAGGUGGAAGCAGGCGGCGGCCUGGUGCUGAAGGACAAGGCCAAGUUGUAA